CAAUAAUUAUUUCAUUUUCAACUUAAAAAUUAAUUUUUCAAAAAUGGUCGAUAUUGGUGGUUAUGUGAUAGUGCUCGUCGAACGUGACGAUAAAAUCAAAUUAUUUGGCUCACCAGCCGAACGUAAAGAUUGUGAUGAAAUACUUGAAGUAAAUGGCAAUAAUUUAGACAAUAUGUCUCAUAAACAAAUCAUUGAUUACAUACAUCAGUGCAUCAAAUCUCGUACCAUAUGUCUACGAGUUAAACGUCGUAAUACGGAUAAAUUGGAACUUGAUUCCUCACCGAUUGAUGCAUUCAUCAUUGGUAAUCGUGCCCGUGAACAUUUCGAUAAGAUUGUUAAUAAUAAUAACAUUGAUAAUGAUGAUGAUGGUGAUUGGCCAAAUAAUAAUAAUAAGAAUAAUAUUGAAAAUAAACCAAAUAAAUCAACAUCAUCAUCAUCAUCAACACCAAAUAAAAAUCGUAAAACACCCACCAAAGUGAUCAAACCGCGUGACAUUGCCGAGCUAUCUAAAUUGUUAAACGAAGAAGACAAUCGUCCACAGCAGCACCAACAAGUUGAAAUCAAACAUCAACAACCGUCAUCAGUCAUACAAUCUUUCAAACAACAUAAAUCCUUAUCACCAACAUCAUCUAAUCAAUCAUCAUCGAAUCGUGAUUCCACACAAAAUUCUACAUCGAACAAUUCUUCCGAUUUUAUAGUGAUUACAACGACAUCAUCAUCCUCAGUUAUAGCAAAUACACAACGACAGCAAAAAGUCAUUGCUACAUCCACUGAUGUGAAUCCAUCAUCAUCAUUUAAAUACGCUAAACUUACAUCCGAAAGUGGCUAUUCUAUUUCAUCAGUUUGUUUAAACGCCGAAACUUCUGAUGAUAAAACGAUCAUUGUCGAACAAGAACAAAAACAGCAACCAGAAUCAAACAAAAUGGAAUUAGUUGAAUUGAAUCAGCAACAUCAAUCAUUUCAAAUACAUCGAGAAUUACCAGUCGAUGUACCAGAUUCAUUUGUAGGUGUGGUCAAACAAACACCACGUUAUCCACCACCCCAACCUCCGCAAAGAUUCACGUCGACAUCAUCUUCAUCCGGUCCGGCAAAUGCACACUCUGUAACGACGACUACAGAUCAGCGUUUAAAUUUAACGGAUAAAUAUCGGAAAUAUUCCGAUGAAUUUAAUAGGAAAAAAGAAGAGGAAGAAUUUCUUCGUUCGAGCUUACGAUCAAGUACAAAGUUACAACAACUGAAAGAACAAAAUAAUAAUGGUCAUCAUAUGAUUGAACCAAUGGUGAAUAUUGCAUUCGAACCAGAUGAUGAUCAACAACAGCAACAACUUAUGGUAUCCUAUUCAAAUAAUGGUUAUGGUUCAUUUGCUACAACACAACAGCCACCGUCUUCUAAUAUUCGGAUGGAACGAGAAUCCGAUAAAGUGCUUCCAUUACCGUAUCUGGAAAUGAUUGUGGAAAACAUACGACAAUCAUUGAACGCUGAUCUUAAAGAGCUAAUACAGGAAAGUAAACUGAAAAAUUUGGUUUCCAUUUAUUCGGUAUUGAUGCAACAUCAACAUUCAAAAAUGAAUUCCUAUCUUGAUUCGCAGCAAUCACUUCGGCCACCGAGCUAUAAUUCAAUCACAAGACCAAUGAAUCAUCCCCCAUCGCAGUCAUUGCAUCAUAUACAUCAUCAUCAACCGGAAAUAUUGAAUCUUCAAUCACCACCACAACCUGUUCAUGGCUAUAGCCAUCAUCCAUCAAAUGUGUUGCCAUUUGGCGGAAACAAUUGUAACAAUGAUGCCAUAGCUAGUGACUCAUUGCAGGAAACUAUCAAUACAUUGCAACAAAAUCUGAUACACCCGGAUGCUGCCGAGUUACUUGAAAUAUUGACUAGAUUUGAAUUAGAAACACUUUGCUAUGCUUAUGAUCGUGUAUUGGCUGAAAGCCAAAAGAACAUGUUAGCAUUGUUGCCGGAUGAAAUUCAUGAGGAUAAAGUACACGAAAUCGAAAUGCUCGACACUCUGCAUUCUGGAGUGAAAGUUGUACAAAUUGAAAAAACAUCAUGUGAACCGCUUGGUGCUACCGUUCGCAAUGAACCGGAUGGUUCGGUUAUCAUUGGUCGAAUUAUCAAAGGUGGUGCUGCACAUAAAUCAGGCAUGCUACAUGAAGGUGAUGAAAUUCUUGAAGUGAAUGGCAUCGAAAUGAAAGGUCGUAAUGUCAAUCAAGUUUGCGAUCUGCUUUCCGAAAUGACUGGUACAUUAACUUUUGUGAUAGCCAUACGUGAUAGUUUGAUGCGUGUUAAUCCUCAUUUAAUGGGUGCAACUGUGGCAGCCGCUAAUAAUCAAGUAUUGCAUUUACGUGCUUUAUUCGAUUAUGAUCCAGAUGAAGACUUGUAUAUACCAUGUCGAGAAUUGGGCAUUUGUUUUAACAAAGGUGACAUUUUACAUGUCAUCGAUCAAUCGGAUAUUAAUUGGUGGCAAGCAUAUCGUGAAGGUGAUGAACAUGAUCAAUCAUUGGCCGGUUUAAUUCCUUCCAUACAAUUCCAAAUUCAGCGUGAAGCAAUGAAACAAUCCAUCCUAAAUGACUCAACUGUGAAUACAUCGAAUCGAAAAUCUCGAUUUGCUAAUGGAAAACCUAAAUCACCAUCAUUGCUUUUCAAUUGUGGAAAACGUUCUUUGGAGAGAAAAAAGAAGAAAAAUUCCAAACAGAGAUUGAUAUUAACACAUGAAGAAAUAUUAACAUAUGAAGAAGUAUGCUACUAUCACCCACGGCCAAAUUUUAAGCGUCCCAUUGUUCUUAUUGGACCGGCCAAUAUUGGUCGUCAUGAAUUAAGGCAAAGAUUAAUGCAAGAUACCGAUCGAUUUGCUGCAGCUGUUCCUCAUACAUCACGGCCACGAAAAGAUGGCGAAUUCGAUGGAAUCGAUUAUCAUUUUAUUUCAAGACAAAUGUUUGAGCAUGACAUUAAAGAAAGUCGAUUUGUUGAACAUGGUGAAUAUGAGAAAAAUUAUUAUGGCACAUCUUUUGCUGCGAUCGAAGCGGUAGUUCAUUCGGGUAAAAUUUGUGUUCUCAAUCUUCAUGUUCAUUCUAUCCCAUUACUUCGUCAAGGUCAAGCUGGUGCAAAAUUGAAACCAUUCUUUGUGUUUGUAGCUCCACCUACACAACCAGAAAACUUACAUCGGUUAUUGGCAUUAAAAAAUACAAGCGAAGGCAGCACAUUUACCGUGGCAGAUUAUCAAUCUAUCAUUGAUGAAGCGACCGAAAUCGAAAUAAAAUUUGGCCAUUUUUUUGAUAUGGUCCUACAGAUGACCGAUAUCGAGAGUGCCUAUCAAGAAUUAUUAACCGAAAUCAAUGCAUUAGAUCAUGAGCCACAAUGGAUACCAAGUCAAUGGGUAAAAUGAAAAUGUACUGGAUUCUGGUUUGCUGUUUUUUUAUUUAUUUCUGUUCAAUCGUUAAUUCAUAUAUGACCAAAUCCAAUCAUAUGUUAAUCAUCUUUCUUUCUCUCUCUCUUUUUUGUUGUUGUUGAUCUCUCCCUAUAUAUAUAAAUAUAUUCGCUCCAUAUCGAGCAUUUGCCAUUUCAUAUAAUACCAUUUUAUUUAAAUUAUACUGUAAUCAGAUUCAAAUCUUCCAAAUCGUCCUAUACUUUACAACAUAUAUUAAUCUGCAUUUCUCAUACGAUGCUAUUCCAUUUUUUUUCGAUGGGAAUUUUUUAGCCACUUUUCCUUAUUCAUCGAUGUAAAUAUGUUAACGAAA